GCACUUUUUCCCAUCGAACUCUCAGAUCCUCAAUCAUGACGAAUGACGUACAGGAGCAGUCUACUGACGUUCGCGUCCGAGGCUAUGAUCCAUUGAUCGCUCCCGACUUGCUCUCAUCGGAGGUGCCACCGACUGAUGUCUCCAUCAAGACCGUCCUCAAAGGUCGCGCCGAAGCCGCCGACAUUAUCCACAAGCGCGAUGACCGUCUUCUCGUCAUGGUCGGACCUUGCUCGCUCCACGAUCCAGACACUGCUCUUGAGUACUGUUCACGUCUCGUCCAAGUUGCUUCGAAGCUCGAGAAAGAUCUCUGUAUCAUCAUGCGUGCAUACUUGGAAAAGCCGCGUACUACAGUUGGCUGGAAAGGUCUGAUCAAUGACCCGGAUAUCGAUGAGAGCUUCCAGAUCAACAAGGGUCUGCGCGUCAGCCGCAAGCUGUACGUCGAUCUCACGAGCCAGGGCAUGCCAAUUGCUAGCGAGAUGCUGGACACCAUCUCACCACAGUUCCUGGCUGAUCUGAUCUCGCUCGGCGCGAUCGGUGCCCGCACAACCGAAUCGCAAUUGCACCGCGAGCUAGCAUCAGGCUUGUCAUUCCCUAUGGGCUUCAAGAACGGCACGGACGGCUCUCUUGGUGUUGCUGUUGAUGCCAUUGGCGCUGCGGCAUCGCAGCAUCAUUUCAUGGGUGUCACCAAGCAAGGUCUUGCCGCCAUUACCAGGACAGCUGGUAAUCCUGACUGCUUCGUCAUUUUGCGUGGCGGCACUUCCGGCACCAACUACGACCACGACAGCAUUGUGAAGUCGCGAACUGCACUGCAAAAGAAGGGCUUGGCCGAGGUCAUGAUGGUUGACUGCUCACACGGUAACUCUCAAAAGAACCACAAGAACCAGCCUAUCGUUGCGAAGUCCGUGUCCGAACAGCUCCGCGCGGGAGAGGACGGCAUUGUUGGUGUGAUGAUCGAGUCGAACCUGUUCGAGGGUAACCAGAAGGUUCCCGAGGGCGGUAUCGCAGCUGCGAAACGCGGAGUUUCCAUCACCGACGCCUGUAUUGGCUGGGAGACCACUGUGGAGGUUUUGGAGGACCUCGCUGAUGGCGUUCGCGCCAGGCGAGCUGCAAAGAGCGCGGCCAACGGUCCACAGUGAUUUGCGAGGCAGAAAACUUUGAUGAUUUAUUUGGGCGUAUUGGGGACAACAUCUGGGCAGUGGGGCGGGUCAUGAUAUCUGCAAUACUUCAAAAGUCAUUUUGUUUGAGAAUGAUGUAUGUUCAGAAGGGG